AUGGCAGCACAGCAUGCCAAACCCAACUUCAGCCAGCCUCAGGUGGCCGAGCUGGUGAAAAGGCUCUUCAGGCUGACGUCGUCAGAAAUCCGAUCACUCCCGAGCUAUGACGACCAGAACUUCUACGUGUCAGCUGUCGAGGGAGGCGAGUACGUUCUGAAGAUUAUGAACUCAGAGGACAGUAAGAACUCCAUCAUGAUUGAGGUGCAGACAUAUGCCAUGACCUUCCUGCAUCAGAAUGGGCUUCCUGCUCAAACAGCACUGCCCACCGUCUCAGGACAGCUUAUGAGCCUGGAGGAGAUGGGUAAGACAUCUUUUCAUACUGUUAUGACCUGAGGGGUAAUGCCAUGUGGCCCCAUGAGUGUUGACAUGGUCUUCCAAGGCUGUGAAGACAGAUUCAGCCAUCUCGCUCCACUGCACCUAUAGAAAGUGACGUUUAUAUAAGAAAAAGGUACAGCAGAUAGUGCUUGUCAGCCAGACACCCGUUAAAAUACUACUGAAUCACUUUAACGUCCAUUGAGUUUUAGAAAUAGCAGAAUAUAUGCUGAAGGCUUGAUGACAAAGGAUCCUUUAGACACAUACGUUGUAAAAGCAUGACAGAACAGAUGAAGUGUGCAGUGCAGGUAAAUGCAACAUGACACUUCUUCGUUCUUUGGUCUGUUUGUGGGAGUUUUCUUUUCAUGCUUGAGGCAAGUUUACGUUAGCAGACCUUUUGUGCGUGUCUUUGUCUUUACCUAAAUUUUCUCUCAUGAGCACACACAAGGAGGUGUUUACUUUGAACGAAGGAAGGAUCCGGAGCACAUGAUGCGUUUAAGCAGUUAUAUUAGCAAAUAGACUGGCGUUUCGACACAACGGGUGUCUUCUUCAGAGUCAACAGAGAGCUGAUGAGUGAAGCAGUUUAAAUAUCCCACCUCCAACCAAAUUAGUCUUUAAUUGGUGGAGCGGCAAGCUGUAGAUCAUCAACACCAGCCAAUGAGAGGGUACCACAGAAAAAUACAACUGUUGAAGGAAACUAAUCCCCAGAUCAUAGUGACCCAACAUAUAAAAUAUAAAGCACAACAAUCAACAGAGUAGGAAAAGCACUAUAUACAGAAAUCAAGAUAUAUGUGUUUAUAUAUUUACCAAAGAGAAGUAAUGCUAUUUACAAAAACAAAACAGGUUAUUUAUUUUCAAGCUUAUAUUCCACGCUCUGUGACACAUAGCAUUCGUCAAUCCUUUUGUUGUUUUCUUCGAAUGUUUCAUUUCUCUGAUUCUCUACUUCAUUGUUUUAAAAUUUUUCAGGUUUUAUAUUGCCCGUCUGAUACCUCUGUUAUUAUCUCAGAUUGGUGUCUUUUAUUGUGAAAUAUGUAUGUGUGUUGGAACCCACAUCUAAAAGAGGCAAAUAAAAUCCCCAGCAAGGAAGAACGGAGCAAGAAAUUUCUGUUUGUCAAAUGUUAUGUUUAUUUGCCCUUGUUAGCGGAUGCACCCACUUAUGAUGUCCUGAAUUGAGCCAGUCACAUGUAGCUCUCACUCAGUUUUGAUGUGACUUGAUUUCAGAGGGCACAUAUAUUUCAUCUGCCUCUUAAAAGGUGACAAAUCAAUGAUGUAAUACAUAAUCUACCAUCAGUUUAAACAUGAACAGAAGUUAGCCUCAGGCUAGCUUUGAUCUUGUGUAACCAAGUAUACCAUGACAGAUGCGCUCUGUAAUCUUGAUAUACUCAUACCCUGGGAAUGAUAAGCGUGCUGAGCAAGGCCACAGCAUACAGGUCACACUUUAUGAGCCCUAGAAGAAAGGUUAACGUCUAAAAUACUUACCUUGUUCUCACCUUUGACAGAUUGUGGUUAUGGCAGUCAGAAAUACAUGGUGCGGCUGUUGACUUAUCUACCUGGAACUACAGUUUCCAAGGUUCCUUUAACGCCACAGGUACUGUGUGAAGUUGGCAAGACUGCAGCCAGGAUGGAUCAAAUACUCCAAAAGGUAUAAACAGCAAAUCCAUGUGAAACAUUUUAUCAGGUAAUAAAAAGAAGUUUAUGUUUUCAAUAACUGUCACUGCGUAACAUUUUACUUCUGUUUUUGUUUUGAAUUGGAGUCUUGUUGUCUUAGUUUUCAAGUUGAUUGAAUUAUUUGAAUCUAAUCCCAUAAAUGUGAAAAAAUAAGGGAUUAUUACAGACCUACUCACCCACAAUAAGGCCCAUUAUUAACUUUAAUCUCGCUCUUGUAAAGUUUUGCACAGAAAUUCAUAUAACAACCUUCUUUUCUUUUUAAAAGGAACAACUUAGAAUUUUACAUAUUGCAGAUUUAACAAAAUAGUGGUUCAGCCCACUUAAGCACUCGCUUUAAUUUGCUUUGGGCCUCUCAAAAAACAGCAUGGAGGGUCUGGAUGAGUAUGUUUAACAUUUCCCUGCCUCUCUGCUACACAGUUAUACAUAUUAAAAUAUAUUUCCAGAUGGAGAACCCUCAUCUGAACGUACUACAGAGAGAGAAUUUCGUAUGGAGUCUGUCGUGUGUCACCAUGCUGGAAAGAUACCUCAAUGUGUUGGAUGGAGACCCUCUACAAGACAUUGUGAAGUCUGUCAUUCAUCUGUACAAAACUUCUGUGGUUCCCAAACGAUCCAGCCUCCGCCAGUGUAAGUUUUAUAUUUACUGAAUAGAUGCUCUUCUGCUGAAUAGAUGCUAUUCUUAUUCCAUCCUCUGAGUGGAUACUGAAUUCUUAUUGGCCGAAGUGUGUGACUUCUUCUUGAUAAUUGGACACAUAAAUAGACUGGCUGAGUGUUUCUCUGCAUCAAUGCAUUGCCUGAUUAUGUCAUGUUCGCUUAAGCGCUAAGCUCUGACAUUUAAAACUAAAGCCACUUAUUCACCAGCUUUGUAACAGUACUUCAACAUAGAUGAGGAUGUUGCUGUGAAGACAGAAGCUGAAAAAUUAUGUCAUCAGCGCACACUUCACUUUAUCUCCCUCUCAGCAACACAAGAUGAUGUCUGUAACACAGUAAGCUGCAGACAGUGCAGCACCCUCUGACCUGACUGUUACUGUGGAUCACUUCAAACAUCAUCUCACAUCCCACUCACUGUUAGAUCACUGCUUCAGGCUGUGGUGGACAGUAUAAUAUGUCCAGUCUUGAUGCUGUCUUAGGCUCAGGCUCAUGGCUAACCAGCUUGCCGGUCUUGUCAAAACAUAUUUACUCAAUGCUAACAGUACACAAUGUUAUUCACCUUUUAUCUUGUUUGCAUACCACUGACCAUCAGACUCAUCGUUUCACAAGCAGAGUGACUCAAGAGGAAGGGCUGUAAAUUCAUGCCCGGCUGGUGGUGCAGCAGAGACGAGGCGCAAUUCAGGUCUGCUGCGCCGAUAGGGUGUGUCCAAGCGCACUUUGCCUAAUUGGUGAGUGCCGCAGCCCUCGGGUCCCGUGAUUUGUCCACCAUGAGUUCAUGUUGGCAUCCACGACAUAUAGCAUGAAGCCAUGAAGAAUACUGUGUUGAUUCAGUCAGGUUGAGUGUGCCGAACACGCUUGCUUUAUUAUCAACUAAGAUAUAGAUCAGAGUAUAUUGAUAUAGAGCAAUGAAUAGUGGUUGUUGUCGAUUAUUUAUUGCACUGAAAUGUGCCUCACACUGUGGAAAUCUGUCUGUGAGGUAAUGUGACAUGUGUGAACUGCGCACCCUCUGCGCCCCUGUAUUUGUCAAUACACCAGGCUUAUUCUGUCGAUACCUUCCCCUACUGUGCUGUCAAACCCAUUUUGGCACAUCUCAGUGGGUCUACCAAUUUACCAAACUGGCUGUGCUGCACAAAUGUACCUUUACUGUGUGAGGUUUGCCACCAAUAAGCACAAAAUUAGAGCCCGAAGUCUGUUUUAUUGCAUUUAAACUCUAGAGAUGGAAAUGAUAUGUGUUACUUUUCUGUUCAUCUGGUGUUGAUAGUGGACACCGUGUUGGAUAUUGUUGCUUUCAUAUUCAAACAUGUCAUAAUGGAGCUGGCUAUAAUGUUUUCUCCUGUCUCUCUCAUGCCAAUCCAUUUAAGUAACAACAUUUUCCUUCCUGUUUAUUUAAGGCAUUAACCACGGUGACUUCAAUGACCUCAAUGUGCUCGUACAACCCGAUGAGAGUGACGGCUACAGGAUCUCUGGCAUACUUGACUUCGGAGACAUGAACAAUGGCUACUACAUCCACGAGCUGGCUAUCACUAUAAUGUACAUGAUGACUGAGCACCCUAAUCCAGUUGAGGUGGGUGGACCCGUCCUCGCCGGCUGGGAAAGUGUCUUUCCUCUGAAUGAAGCUGAGAAAGACUGUCUCUAUUUGCUGGUCCUGUGCCGCUUUUGCCAGUCGUUAGUCAUGGCCCGUUACUCUGUGACGCUUCAUCCAGAAAAUAAAGAGUAUCUGAUGAUCACCUCCAGGAAGGGCAUCUAUAUUCUUCAGCAGUUGUGGGAACUUGGGAGGGAGCAGGUGGAGAAGGUGUGGUUUCAGAGUGCUGCUCAGUUUAAGGACAAAAAUUAA